AUGGCGAGUGCAACUGAGACACCCAGAUCGCACGACAUGGAGAAAGAUACAUCCCUAGGCCUCAAGGGCAACAUCGGCGAGAAGCUGCAGAAACACUCGCACGAUGCGGAUGCGGCGAUGCAGGCGUUUGAAGGCAUGGAUGGGCAGGUCAUUGAGUUGACAGAGGAGAAGAGUAGGGCGUUGUUGAAGAAGAUUGAUAGGCAUUUGAUGCCGAUCAUGUGCAUCGUCUACGGGCUGAAUUAUCUCGACAAGACGACGCUGAGCUAUGCGAGUAUCAUGGGCUUGCGGUCGCCUCCGUCGGAUAAUAAGCUCAAGUCCGGCAUUGAUUUGCAAGGUGAUCAGUAUCAGUGGCUGGGCUCGAUGUUUUACUUUGGAUAUGUUGCUUGGGAGUAUCCGACGACGAGGCUUCUGCAAGUCCUGCCGCUGGGGAAGUAUUCGGCGUUCAAUAUCAUCAUGUGGGGUAUCGUGCUGUCCUGCUUCGCUGCGGUUGAGAAUUACGCUGGCGCGAUUGCCAUUCGCUUUUUCCUGGGUUUGUUUGAAUCUGCGGUCACGCCCGGGUUCGCACUGUUUACGAGCCAGUGGUACACGAAGAAAGAGCAGGGUGCGAGGACGGGCAUAUGGUUCUCCUUCAACGGCUUCGCUCAAAUCUUCGGUGGCUGUCUAGCCUACGGCAUUGCAGUCGGCUGCCGCAAAACAGGCACAACAAUCGAGCCCUGGAAAAUCGUCUUCCUUGCUACUGGUCUCCUGACCACUCUCUGCGGCAUCCUCUUCCUCUGGAUCGUGCCCGACAACCAGAUGAACUGCCGCUGGCUGAGCAAAGAAGACCGCAUCCUCGCCAUCGAGCGCAUCCGCAUGAACGGCCAAGGCGUAGGCAACAAGCACUUUAAAUUCUACCAGCUCAAAGAAGCGCUACUCGAUCCGUUGAGUUGGGCGUUUUUCUUCUACGCUUUGAUAGCCGCCAUACCCAAUGGUUCGGCACUCCUUUUCCAUUUGUCUGCUGAGUUGAGCGGCAUAUCAAACUUCUUCUCCCAACUCAUCGUGUCCUUUGGCUACACGCCCGAAGAAUCCCUUCUCUACGGCACACCCGGCGGCGCCGUCGAAGUCGUCUUCCUAAUCGCGUGCGGCUGGGCGGGCGACAAGUACGGCUACCGCAUCCUUAUAUCCACGACUGGGCUUUGCACCGGCAUUCUAGGCAUGGUUCUUAUUGUCGCCUUGCCGCUGGACAAUAACAGCGGGAGGCUGGCGGGGUACUACCUGACGCAGGCGAGUCCGACGCCGUUUGUUGCGCUACUGAGUUUGAUCUCGAGUAACGUUGCCGGGUACACGAAGAAGACUACGGUGGCGGCGAUGUAUUUGAUUGGGUAUUGUGUGGGGAAUAUCAUUGGUAUGCAUGCAUCUUCAAAAUUAGUUGACCUUUCCUGA